UCAACAAACAAUUAUUAAAACGUCAAAUUAAUAAGAUUAAUAAAACUCCAACGCUUAAAAAGUAUAGGCCAGAAUUAAGAUCGUUUGCUUUAACAUUGUACUUUUAUUCGUCACGAGCGUAUGCAUUUGUUCGAAAAAAAUUUGAUACUUGUUUGCCCCAUCCAAAAACAAUAAGUAAAUGGUCGGUUCAAGGUGUCGGUUCACGGUGAACCUGGUUUUAACGAGGAAGCAUUGAAGUCAAUUAAGAAACGUGCUAAUUUAGUAAAUUAUCCUCUUUUUGGCGCUCUUAUAUUCGAUGAAAUGGCUGUAAGGCAACAUGUAGAAUAUGAUGAUGAGAAACAUUGUGGAUAUAUAGACUUGGGGCCUAAUAUUGAUUGUGAAUACGGUAUAAUAGCAAAAGAAGCACUAGUGUUUCUUGUAAAUUGUAUUAAUGGAUCCUGGAAAAUUCCCAUUGGAUAUUUCUUUAUUUCUGGUCUGAAUGCUGAGCAAAAGUUCAAUAUGACUUAUUUCUCUCAUCCGAUAACGGACAGAAAAGUUAUUGUAUUUCUCGACCCAUGCCAUUGUGUGAAACUGUUACGUAAUUGUAUUGGAGAACAUAAAUCAAUAAUUGAUGACAAUGGUGAUAUGAUCCAAUGGGAACAUUUUACGAAGCUUAAUGAUAUUCAAGUUAAGGAAAGUCUACACUUGGGUAAUAAAUUAAGAACGCGUCAUAUACAAUACCAUAAACAAAAAAUGAAGUAAAACUCGCAGUGUAAAUCUUCAAUAACUCUGUAGCUGAUGCAUUAGAAAUUUGUAAAAAUGAUUUACGAUAUCCAGAAUUUGCAAAUUCGGUCCCAACGAUGAGAUUCAUUCGAAUAAUAAAUGAUCUUUUUGAUAUCUUAAAUUCGAGGAACAUGAAACAGAUAGGGUUCAAACAACCGUUAAAUAAAAACAAUAGUUCUAUAAUUUUGGAAAAAUUAAAAGAAGGCUAUAAUUUCCUAUCACAAUUGCGAAAGACAGAUGGUCAAUUGUUGAUUUAUUCUAAAAAUAAAUGUGCAUUCCUCGGUUUUAUGAUAUGUAUCAAAAGUAUAACAAUACUUUAUAAAGAUUUAGUUGUUAGUCAAGACGUAUUAAAAUAUAUACCAGGUUAUAAAUUUAACCAAGAUCACGUUGAAUUGUUAUUCAGCUCUAUACGAGCUCAUGGAGGUCCUAACAAUAACCCGACGGCUCGGCAAUUUAAAGCCGCUUAUAAAAACAAAUUUUUGUCCAUACAGAGA